CCACAGUUAACUGUGAAGGAUAUUGUCGUGAUCAUCUUCGUGAAUCGUAGUCAUCUGCCUUUAUUUCAACGCUAUUUUCAGCCAGUUGGCUUCAAGAAAUUCGCAUGUCAAUCCAGAACCUACAAACUUACGAUCCCUUCUCGGAUGCUUCUAAGGGUACUGAUGAAAUAUCAGCUCAGACACAACCAAUUCACAUCCGCAUACAACAGAGAAAUGGUCGUAAAACUUUGACCACGGUACAAGGAAUCGAAGAAUGCUAUGACAAGAAGAAACUUGUGAAAGCUUUCAAAAAGGAAUUCAACUGCAAUGGAACAGUUGUUGAAAACCCAGAAUAUGGUGAGGUGAUACAGCUACAAGGUGACCACCGUCAGAAUAUCAGUGAUUUUCUGAAACAGCUUAAGCUAGCUAAACCAGACCAGAUACACAUGCACGGUUUCUAGAACUUACUCUUCAGCAUUGGGUUAUGCAUGUAUAUAAUUGUAAUCAUUACCAAAUAAGAUCUAGGAAAGAACUAAGUGGAGGCUGAUUCACAUUUAACCAAAAACAUUGUUUGUGGUACACUUUAGUACCAAUUUUGUGUACCUUAAUCAAAAUGGCUUCUAUUAAGGUUUAUGUUUGGCUGUGUGCCUGAUGUUGAUCGAGGGAAUGUUGUGUAGAUAAUGUUACUUGUUUAGAGGCUUCUGUCACUUCAUAUGUCCAGGCCAGCCAUGGAAAUAGUUUGAAUACUAGCCAGUAACUUGUAAAACAAGAGCAAUAAAACAUAAGCAUUCUUACUAGCA